CAUUCUGUAAGUCAGCUUAUUAAACCCACAGGUCUCCCCGCUUGCGCUUCAGUCAAGGACAGACACAGAAGCUGUUUGUAUCUCUUCAGCAAAAAGGCUCACUUUCCUUUGUUUUUUGAGCACUGACAUUAUGGGGCUCAAUGAUGAGGAAUGGCAGAAGGUCAUAGACAUCUGGGCGAAAGUGGAACCAGAGCUCUCUGCUCAUGGGCAAGAGGUGAUCAUCAGAUUGUUUCAGCAACAUCCUGAGACCCAAGAGAAGUUCGACAAAUUCAAAAACUUGAAGUCACUGGAUGACAUGAAGAGCUCAGAAGAUCUCAAAAAGCAUGGAACGACUGUUCUUACUGCCCUGGGCAAAAUCCUGAAGCAGAAAGGGCACCAUGAAGCAGAAAUGGCACCUCUGGCCCAGAGCCAUGCCACUAAGCAUAAAAUUCCAGUCAAGUACCUUGAGUUCAUUUCUGAAGUAAUUGUUGGUGUCCUUGCUGAGAAACAUUCUGCAGAUUUUGGGGCUGAGUCCCAAGCAGCAAUGAGGAAGGCACUGGAACUGUUCCGGAAUGACAUGGCCAGCAAAUACAAGGAGUUUGGGUUCCAGGGCUAGUGAGUCAGAAGCCACCUUCUCCUUAGAAGGGGAUAAUGGAAGCAUGUUGUAGGAGAAUAUUUUCAUUUCAUCACAGAAAAAAUGUAGCACUGGUUUGAAACAUUUGCACUGAAUGGAGCUCAAGUGACACAUGAUAGUGGUAGGCAUGGUGGCUGCUGCAUCUAUGUUUGUUGGGUGAUGAAUCCACUCUGGGUUUUGGUCUAAAUUUUAAAGGAGCUAUCUUAGCCCCAAACUAGUUUUACCCUCUUAAAUGGCUUCUUUAAAGAUGAAAAUAAAACACAAACACCAACAAAUAUAGGAAUAUCCUGAAUUUGGUAACUGUAACACAGUUAGUUAGCAAUCAGGUAGUCUUCUAUUGGAGCAACAGUUACUUUCAUAGCAAAUUGUCAUGACCUUAUUGAAAGAUUUAGCAUGCAACAAUGUAUUAUAACCAAUUAUAAGAUAUUUAACAGUAUGAACACAAUGUUUAUCCCUUACAGAUCCCUUACAGGUAUACAUUGUGUUUAUACUGUUCAAGAUCUUAUAAUUGGUUAUAAUUACAUUGUUGCACCUAUACUUUUCAAUAAGGUCAUGACAAUUUACUAUGAAAGUAACUGUUGUUGAAUAGAGAAUAAAAUCCAGAGUCACCAGCCCAUUCACAUGGGAGCCACUAUCUAAAGAAACAGCAUAGGACUGUCCCUUUAAAUAAUCUUCCAUUCAUAUACAAAGCUUUAGGGUAAAAGUACCAUUUUAAUGGUGUUAGGAGCAUGCUAGUGGGAGGCGCUGAACACUGUUUUGCCUGUCAAUCUUAUGUCAAUGGUUAGCUCUUUAAAGUUCUUCUCCACCAUCCAGGCUCCAUAGUACAGUUGGCCAUCCACAUUUGGGGCUUUGACUUUUGCAGACUUGAUUAAUAAAUUCUCUCUAGAAAUCUCUAGGUGCUCCAGUGCAACUCUGCCAAAAGGUAACCAUAGAGUUACACUGGAGGACCUAGAGAUUCUGUAGGUAUUUGUAGGUCCUUCAGCGUAAUUUUAUGGUCAAUUUCUGCCAGAUAGAGUUGCACUGAAGGAUCUAAACAGUGGUUGUCAAGUGUCCUAAUGCCACAACCCUUUAAUACUGUUCCUCAUAUUGUGGUGACCCCCAACCAUAAAAUUAUUUUUGUUGCUACUUCAUAACUGUAAUUAAAAUAUGUGUUUUCUGAUGGUUUUAGGUGACCCCUGUGAGGGGGUCGUUUGACCCCUAAAGGGGUCGCGACCCACAGGUUGAGAAGUGCUGAUGUACAGAGUCCUAGAGAGGUGUUCUCUCAGGUAAAAAAAGUUUAUUUGCAUUUUCCCUACUUUCAUGAGGGUCUUUCACCCUCAAAUCCAGUGAAUAUGGAGGGUCCACUGCACACAGGGCUCUGUCUGGGAGAAAUGUAGGAGGUGGUCAAUAAAGAGGCAUGUGAGUCAAAAACCCUGCCUGUAUCCCCAUCCAGCUUUCCACAUCCUGGCACUUUAAAAAUAUUUUGGAAUCCCAUUCCCAUCAUCCCCAAACAUCAGCUGGUUUUUUUGUGGGGUUUUCAGGCUAUGUGGAUGUGUUCUGGAAGAGUUUAUUCCUGGUGUUUUUCCAGC